AAGUUGCAAAAUAUAAUCUAAUUACUAUGAUUAAAUUUAUAAAAAUAAGUUAUCUAAAUUUUGAUAAAUUUUUGAUAAUGUAUUUCAUCUCUCAAAGAAUUCAGUAUUUUGGAGGUCAAUGAUGUCUGAAGAGAACUGGUUCCUCUGUUGUAGGCAUUGCUAGCAAUGAAAGUCACUUUCUUUUAACUUUCUCGCGAACGAACCACAGUCAUGUUCUACACUGUUUAGUUUAUCAACGGUUAACGCGGAAUGCAAUUCGUAAGCAAAAUUUAGACGAAUAACAAUUAAAUUUCUGUUAACUCGUUUUAUUCAAAAUUGUACAAGGUGUGAUGUGGACGUGUAAUUGUGUAGAAAAAUAAGAUUGUAUAAUAAGAUUAAAAAUUUGUUCAUUAAAGAAGCGUAAAAAGAUUAAGUUUUUAAGUUUUUUUAUCGUUUGAUCGAAUAAUUCAAAUUAAUAACUUGAAAAUUACACGGUAUAAAUAUAAUGAUUGGACUGACAAGAUCUUUUUCAAUUGUUUAUCUUUAUUCUAAAUUGUUGUAUAGUUUUUACGCCGUAUAAUAAUCAAUCAAAUUGAAUCAAUAUCACGCAUUAAAAUACAAUAUUAAACAAUAAAAGUUCAAUCAAUAAUGGAAGCUUAAUGCAAGAUAAUUAAUAUUCCAUUGAACUUUAACAUCAAUAGGAAUAAAAUACAUUAUAUCGACAUAGAUCAAUCAUUCUUAUGAUUGUAUCCGAAUUUUAUAUUUUCGUAUUUCCUUUCUAUCGAAGAAUUUACUAUUAUUUCUAUAAAAUUUCGGUUCAGUGAUCAUGGGAAUCCUAACUCGACAAAAAACAGAAAAUCAAAACUCUGCAAGACAGGUAAUACAUUAACCGCAAUUAAUUUUCUAUGAUCGUAUAUAUAUACAUAUAUAAUGUAAAUAUACAUUAUAUGAAUUAGUAAUGUCCCAAAAUGUAAAGAGGAAUGAUGUACGUCCUUCAGAAAUUUUACUUUACAAAUUAAAGAAGAAGUAAAAUCCAUAGAUAUAAAUCAUGUUGUCCUGAUGUUUACAGACAAUCGCAACUAAUGUAAGUUCACAAGCUCAUCAUGUGUCUAGAGCGAAACGCGGCCAAGCUGUUGGUACUGUUCGCGGUUUUCGUGGAUGUACUAUAUGGAUGACUGGACUUUCUGGAGCUGGAAAGACUUCGAUAUCGUUCAAGUUAGAAGAAUUUCUUGUAUCCCAGGGUAUACCAGCUUAUGGUUUAGAUGGUGAUAAUGUUCGUACUGGUUUGAAUCGAAAUUUAGGUUUCAGUAAAGAGGAUCGGGAAGAAAAUGUCCGACGAGUGGCCGAAGUGGCUAAGUUAUUCGCCGAUGGAGGUGUAAUCACUUUAUGUAGCUUCGUUUCACCCUUCGAAGAGGACAGAAGAAUGGCUCGAAAAAUUCACGAAGAUUCGGAAUUGCCCUUCUUCGAGAUAUUCGUUAACGCGUCAUUGAAGAUCUGUGAGGCACGAGACGUAAAAGGUCUUUACAAGAAAGCUAGAUCUGGUAUCAUCAAGGCUUUUACCGGUAUCGAUCAAAAGUAUGAAAUACCUAUUAAGCCUGAUCUCGUUGUUAAUACGGAAAAUGCAACGGUAGAGGAAUCUACGGCGAGGGUCAUUGAAUUUCUCGAAAAUCGUAAUAUCAUACCAAAGAUGUACGGAUUGGGAAGAUCUGUUCAUGAAUUAUUUGUUCCUGAAUCGAUGAUCGAGAAUGUUCAAAAGGAGGCGGAAAAUUUACAAGCGAUCGAAAUCAACGAAGUAGAUCUUCAAUGGAUUCAAGUUCUUGCUGAAGGUUGGGCGGCUCCGCUUAAAGGAUUCAUGAAGGAGAAACAAUAUUUACAAUCUCAAUAUUUCAACUGUUUAACGGAAAAUGGCGUACAGAUCAAUCAAUCGAUCCCAAUAGUUCUUGCUAUUAACGUUGACGAUAAGGAACGUUGUCAGAACGUUAAAUCUUUGACACUGAAAUACAAUGGAAGAAAUCUGGCAAUUCUUAGAAAUCCGGAAUUUUAUUUUCAUCGAAAGGAAGAACGUUGUUCGAAGAUAUUUGGCACGAAUGAUAUUGGUCAUCCUUAUAUAAAAAUGAUAUAUGAAUCCGGUGAUUGGUUGGUCGGUGGUGAACUCGAGGUAAUUGAAAAAAUACGAUGGAACGAUGGUCUUGAUGAAUAUAGAUUGACUCCUAACGAGAUCAGAGAAAAGUGUCGUGAAAUGGGAGCAGAUGCGGUAUUCGCUUUUCAACUUCGAAAUCCUAUACACAAUGGACAUGCUCUUCUUAUGCAGGAUACAAGAAAACGUUUGCUCGAACGUGGUUAUCGUAAACCUGUUCUUCUUUUACAUCCUCUGGGUGGGUGGACGAAAGAUGACGAUGUACCUUUAGCAGUCAGAAUAAAACAACAUCAAGCUGUCCUCGAAGAUGAUGUCUUACACGAGGAUACGAUUUUAGCUAUAUUCCCUAGUCCCAUGUCUUAUGCCGGACCAACAGAAGUACAAUGGCAUGCCAAAGGUAGACUAAUAGCCGGUGCUAACUUUUAUAUCGUUGGCAGAGAUCCUGCCGGUAUACCACAUCCAAAUAAAGAUGCUACACCUGAUGGUAAUCUAUAUGAUAGUACCCAUGGCGCUAAAGUACUUUCGAUGGCUCCUGGUCUUCAAAACCUUGAGAUUAUACCUUUUCGAGUAGCUGCUUACGACAUAAAACAAAGGAGUAUGACGUUUUAUGAUCCCGAAAGACAUGAUGACUUUAUAUUUAUUUCAGGAACAAAAAUGCGAAAUCUAGCGAAGUCUGGGGAAAAUCCACCAGAAGGUUUCAUGGCGCCCAAAGCAUGGAAAAUUUUAUCAGAAUACUAUCAACGAAUAAAUAACAAUUAAUACUUUAUCGAUUGGUUACGAUUAGAUUUAAAAUAAGCUAUUUCUUCAACGUAUUUAUAUAGCAUCAGUUUUUCGAUAUUUUUUAAUAACAAAAUAUAAUAUUACUUAAUAUUCCUAAUAAAGAUGCACUAUAAUUAUUUAUUAUGUAAGAUAAGAUCUAACUGAAAUCGAAUUAUAGAUUUACUAGAAGAGUAUUAUCAUUUCUAUAUUUAAAUUACUUAAUCUAUAUUUUUAUAGAGACGAGCUACAAAAGAUUUCUUUUUUAUAAUCUUAGAAAGAAGAAAUAAAAACUAUGGUAUGUUUAUACAC